AUGAAAGCUGCGCAACAAGCCGUGCAAACGCCUGCUGACCAGGAUCCACCGGUGGAUGACUCGUGGAUCGACGACAUAGAACGCAAAGAGGUCAAUCAGAAGGAGGCGAAUGGAGAGCGGGCUUCUGUGCGGAGGGAGCGCAAGCAUGCCGUCAGAGCACGGCGGGCUCGAAACGAUAACGAAGGCAUGCAGGACACCGAAAACGACAAGACUGAGCACCAGGAUCUUGGAGCUGGAGGUAAGAAGAGCGAGAGACAAGACAAGCUCCUCAGUGAGGAACAGACCGCACAGCGGGCUAACGGCAUCUUCCUGUUGGCAGAAGAAUCAGACACCGAAGCCGAGGAUGAGAUCCUUCAAGUCAAGAAGGCAGACAUGGAGGACCUACAGCAGAAUAUGCCUCAUCAACUCGAUGAGUCCAAGUCGUAUGAGGUGGAAGAGGCCAGUGAAGGAGAAGGAUGGAUCAAAAGCUCUUCCAUGAAAGUGCGGGGUGCAAGGAGACGAGGUGAGAUGCAGGCGGAACAGGAGCCCGCGGCGGAGCCAGACCCUCAGCCUGAAGCAGAGUCCAACAGGCAGCCUGCAGAGCUUGAGCGUCAGCAAAGCGAUCUAUCCCAGCCAGACAAGACACAGCCGCAGACAGCACAGACGCAGCAGACAGCCGACGCUCCAAACGGCUUGUCCAAGCGGCAGCGGCAACGAAUACGUCAGCGACAAGCCGGCGAAGAUGCACGGGCAUCUGGUCGCAAGCCAGAUCCACGGCAUGAGGCAGCUUCCAAGAUGGAGAAAGAAGAGGAAGCCACGACGCUGUCUGCACCGGAAACAUCGGCAACUUCCGUGGCCGUUGAAGCGAUAAAAGCUGAUGCCCCUGCAUCAGACAGCUCUCGUCCGGAGAAGGAGGCAGAUGAGCUGGCACCGUCUUUUGCAGACAUCGUGGCAGGCAGAACACCGAGGCCCCUUGGAGUCGAGCCUGAGAGUCCGAAGGCCAACAAACACCUGCCAUUUACAGCUGAUGCUCCCGACUUUGUGCCGAUGGCCACAAUGACAGAAAUGCCAUUCCAGGGCAUAGUCGCCUUCUUCCCCAUCCAGGGCUCGGAGGGUCCCAUGGGAUAUUGGACUCAAGCGGGUGUCGCUGAGGACAUGAUCAAUGGACCAUUUGUAUCUCCCGCUCAGUGGUCUUGGGACCCAAACUGCUUGCAGAGCAACAAGACUCCUGUGCCGAUGUACCAGCAAUUUGAUAAGACCAAGCUGUGUGCCGGGUGCUUAGCAGGCGUAGCAUGCUUUUCCAGGAUGUCGUAUGGUUGA